AUGGGCUGGACUAUGACUCUAAAAGAUGACUUUGGGGUCAUUGCCUGGACUCGGCGAGCUGGGAACUACCUCAGUCUCUUCCUCCUUUUGUCUCUCUUUUCCAUUCCAGCCCAUUCAGACAUUGUGUUUCCUAAAGACCAUCAUUUCUCAUGGAGAGCAGGCCAGUGGGGUCAGUGUAACGGGGAGGAGUGUGGUUCUGGUGGGGUUCAGACCAGGACAAUAUGGUGCAUCCACAUGGAGGGCUGGACUACCCACCACUCUCACUGCCAGCACAUGGACAAGCCAGAGAGCCAGAGGCAGUGCUUUAAGGUCUGCGACUGGCACCAGAACCUCUUUGAGUGGGAGGUGUCCGACUGGGGAAGCUGUGUUUUUGUCCCUUUCUUUUCCAAUGAGCUCAAGCUGAGGACACCUGAGUGCGUCACGGCACAGCACGGCAUCCAGAGGCGCAAAGUCCACUGUGUUCGCACCUCCAAUCGAACCGCAGUCACUUCCAGGAUAUGUGAGUUCUUUUCCCAGAAACCCCCGGUGGAGCAGGCGUGCCUCAUCCCCUGCCCCCAGGACUGCGUGGUGUCAGACUUCACCUCUUGGUCCAGUUGCAGCAAAACCUGUGGUGCUGGCCUGCAGCACCGGACUCGACACGUCCUGGCCACGCCAAUGUACGGAGGGGCAAACUGCCCCAACCUAACCGAGACCAGGACUUGUUCGCACCCUGCUGACUGCCCUGCCGGGGAGGGCGAGCACCAGUACAGCCUUAAAGUAGGAGCCUGGAGCGAGUGCCGACUGCCCCACCACAAGGACGCCCUGCUGAGCGGACGGACCACGGUGGACUUCAGCUCCAACGAGAACAACACGGUCACGUUGCACACGCUGGCUCUGAACCACCACGCCCAUCACAGCCACCAGCACCACCAGCACCACCACCACGUGCACAACCAGUACCCCAUGUCCUGGGAGCUGGAGGUGGGAUACCAGACGAGACACGUUCGCUGCACACGGAGUGACGGCAAGAACGCUAUGCUGAGCCUGUGCACCAAGGACAACUCCCCCCUGACCUUCCAGGCAUGUGUGAUGCCCAAAGACUGCCAGACGUCUGAUUGGUCAUCGUGGAGCUCCUGCUCUAAGACCUGCCGGUCCACCGACCUGUCGCCUGGUUACCGUCUCCGGUCACGGGUCAUGACGCAGAUCUCGCUGAGCGGGGGGAAGCGAUGCCCGGCCCUCGAGGAAAAAGAAGCGUGCAACAUCAUAGGAGACCUGCUUCCAAACUGCCCCAGGUAUGUGUGGAGGACCACCGACUGGGGCGAGUGUCGCAUCCUGCCCUUGCUCAGCCAGCAGGACCGGCGGCUGGCCAACGUCAGCGUUCUGUGUGGCGGGGGCAUCCAGACCAGGAAGACCUACUGCGUUCAAGUCCCCGAUGACUCGGCGCCACAUCACAGGAAGGAGGUGUCCAGGCCGGUGAAUGCCAGGCUGUGUGAUGGUGAAGAGCCCCCCUUGGCAGUCCAGCUCUGCUCCGUUCCCUGCCAGCACCAUUGCCUGCUCUCCCCGUGGUCACCCUGGGGUGCCUGCCUACACGACAACUGCAGAGAACCGCAGGGGAGGAAAGGUUUCAGACAGAGGAGCAGAGAAGUGUUGUGGGAGUCCGACAGCGCUCUGGGGACUUGCCCUCAUCUGACGGAGUUCAUCCCCUGCGAGGAUCCCGCCUGCUACCGUUGGCAGGUCCAGCACGAGGGACGAUGCGUUCCCGCUGAAGGCCCCUGUGGUUCUGGAACCGCCGUCCACAACGUGACCUGUGUCGGCGCUAAAGGAGAAGACGUGCCCGACGACCACUGUGCGGACGACCCUCCUCCCUCAGAAGAGGCCUGCGAGGUGGCCUGUUCAGCCGACUGUGUGGUUGGCUCCUGGUCCUCCUGGUCCACCUGCUCACACAGCUGUGCCACCAAGACUGCAGAGGGCAGACAGAGCCGCUUUCGCAGUGUGUUGGCCAUCCCAGGGAAAGAGGGGAAACCAUGCCCGGCGGCUCCAGCCCUGGAGGAGUGGAGAUCCUGCAACGACCACUCCUGCAUGAUAUUUUACUGGGAGGCCUCGGCGUGGGGUCCCUGCAUUGAGGAGGCCUCUCUGGAUCUGAACGGGACCGACUUGUGGAACGGGACUUCCACCUGUGCUGUCGGUGUCCAGAUCCGCAAAGUCAGCUGCAUGAAGAUGAACGCCGGUCCUGUCAUAAACAAAAGGUGUUCGGAUUCUUCUCGUCCAGAAAGCGUCCAGCCCUGUUUGCUUCCCUGCAAGAAGGACUGCGUGGUGACACCCUUCAGUGAAUGGACCGCCUGCCCGUCAACCUGCCUUCCAGAAAACGCGACCGCCGCCACGCAGUCCCGCUACAGGACCAUCACUCAGAGGUCCGCUAAUGGAGGUCAAGAGUGUCCUGACACGCUGUACGAGGAGAGAGAGUGUGAAUCACUCCGAGUGUGUCCGCUGUAUAGGUGGAGGACACACAAGUGGCACAGCUGCACUCUGGUUCCCGAUUCUGUUCGACGGGGAUUAUCUGGACCGGCAGAAGCCUGUGGAAACGGCUUAGAGACGAGAGGAGUCAGCUGCGUCGAGGAGAGCGGCGAGUCGGCCAACAUGACCGAGUGCCUGCGAUGGGCCGGCCCUUUGCCCCCUCAGGUCAGACGGUGCCGCGUGGCCUGCAAGGAUGACUGCACCCUAACCGCAUGGUCCAAGUUCUCUGAGUGCGCCGGAUGUGGCAGCUCGCGGAGUCACCAGCGCUCACUCACAGGUCGCAGCAAAAAGAAGGAGCACUGCCUGAACGAGAAGCUGCACCCGCUGGAGGAGACGGAGACGUGUCCCUGUGAUGAGUUUCUGUCCCAGCCCUACGGGAACUGGUCUGCCUGCAUCCUCCCUGAUCCCUCAGUCCCAGGGUCCCUGCAGGGUUGGAUGAGCCACCGGGAGGUAAAGGAGUGUGGCCAAGGUCUGCGCUACCGAGCCGUGGCCUGCAUUAACCAGCAGGGACACCUGGUUAGCCCCACGCUCUGCACAGACUCAGGCUACAUCGUGGAGGUCUGCCACAUCCCCUGUCCCCUAGACUGUAAGCUAAGCGAUUGGUCGGCCUGGUCAGCCUGCAGCGCGUCCUGCGGUAACGGGCUGAAGAUCAGGUCCAAGUGGCUCAGGGAGAAAGCUUUUAAUGGGGGACGUCCGUGCCCUAAGCUGGAUUUGAAAAACCAGGCUCAGGUGUACGAGGCUGUGCCAUGCCACAGCGAAUGCAGCCAGUACGAGUGGAGGAUCGAGCCCUGGUCCAUUUGCACCAUCAAUGCCGUGGACGACCUGCCAGCCUGCGGAGAGGGAGUCCAAAGCCGCAAGAUCAGGUGUGUGAAGAAGGAGUCGGCGAGCGGGGAGGACAGCGGUGUGGAGGAUAGUCUGUGUGAUCAGGAGGAAAUGCCACCCAGAGCCCAGGUCUGCUUCCUGGCCUGCCCCAACGACUGUGUCACGGCACCCUGGGGAUCCUGGAGCAACUGCCCUCCGCAGUGUGACCAGGGAACAGCGAGGAACCGGAGCAGACAGAUCCUCCGCCUCCCCGCCGCCGAUAAGGCCGCCUGUCCGGAGCUGGUCCAGUCGGAGCCCUGUGUCCUCAACAGCACCUGCUUCAGCUACGAGUACAGAGUCUCAGGCUGGAGUACAUGCCAGCUGAGUGAAAAUGCCAUCUGUGGUCAGGGUACACGGCUGCGUCUCCUGGACUGUGUUCGCAGCGACGGCAAGAUGAUGGAGGUGCAGAAGUGUGAGGAGUUGGGUUUAAUCAACAAGUGGAGGCUGUCGGAGGCCUGCGUGGUCGACUGUCCUGUCAGCUGCGUGCUCUCCGAUUGGUCGCCGUGGGCAGAAUGCUCGCGCACCUGUGGGAGCCAAGGUCACUCUGAGCGCAGCCGGAGGAUCCUGCAGGAGGCUCACGAGGAGGGACGCCCCUGUCCCAGCCAGCUCCUCCAGACCAAACCCUGUCCCAUAAGGCCGUGCUACAUGUGGGUGCUGAGCGACUGGUCCGCGUGCACCGUAGAGGGUGCAGAGUGCGGCGAAGGCCUUCGGAGGAGGAACCUGUCCUGUGUGGUCCACUGGGGUCACUGGCAUGGGUCACUUCCUCAGCUGGUGGAGGAGGAGCUCUGUGGAGACGUCCUGAGGAAGAACAUCCAGCAGGAGAUGGAGCAGCCCUGCUUCGUCCCCUGCCCGGGAGACUGUCAUUUGACUGAGUGGUCAUCUUGGAGCUCUUGCCAGCUGACCUGCCUGGAGGGGCGGAGCUUUGAGACCACCGGUCGCCAAGCGCGCUCCAGAGCUGUGAUCAUCCAGGUCAUGGAGAAUCAGGGCAGCUGCCCACAUCAAGCCUUUGAGACGCAGCCUUGUAAAGGAGGAAAAUGCCACAGUUACCAGUGGAGGACGGGGGGAUGGAGCAACAACGAGCGAGCGGUGUGGUGUCAGCGCUCAGACGGCGUCAACGUCACAGGAGGCUGUUUUCCACAGAAAAGGCCGACGACGCUCAGACACUGCCAUCCGCCGUGCACCAAGCCGUUCUCACACUGCACGCCGAGCGGAGUGUGUGGGUGUGAGAAGGGUUACACCGAAGUGAUGACCACGCACGGCUUCUUGGACUACUGCACCAGAACCCCGGGGGUGGACAACAACAAGAAGGCUGAUGUGAAAACCAACUCUGGAAGAUUAAAACCCGGGCCGUCUCAGGCCAAAGACCUGUUCAGCGAGUGGACCUUGCGACCUGUUGGCCCAGAUGGAAGAGUAAAGCUGUGGGUUUACGCCGUGACUGCUGUCGGAUUCAUCUUAAUACUCUUCAUUAUUGCGUUAUCGUUCCUGGUCUGUAAGCCAUCCAAAACCACCAAGGCGUCUCCUCCACCGCAGAAGCCCUUGACCUUGGCCUACGACGGUGACAUGGACAUGUAACCGGGCUGCUAUACCUCACAAGGACACACGCUUGGCCUCGGACCGACUCCUGACUGCGUCCAGAUUGUUAGCGAGCACAUCCGUCACGUACCGCCGACCCGUUUGAGUGGGCGCUGCUGGAUAUUGCAAAACUUGAACAAACAGACAAAUAAGCAUGUGAUCUGCUGCUGAACGGUAAUGUAGCCUCGAAUUCUGGCUACGGCCAACUCUCCUCCUGGGAAAAAAAAAAAAAACGAGGAACCAAAGCUGAUCAAAUGAGACACGGACCUCUAGUUUCUGUUUUUUUUUAACUGCUUGCAACAUGAACACACGGUUGAAUCACUGUUUGCAACCCACAGAACCAGAAGACUCCCGAACAGUGACGACAAAGUGACUCCACGAGUGUUGGUUUUGUUUGGAGGUUUUAUUUUUUGUUCUUCUUUUUCUGUUUUUUUAUGUGUCAAGAAUCAGCGGGACCACCUGGCUUUCUGUCUCAUAAUUGUGCCGUGAAGGAGACGGAACAUCCUGAGACUGCAGUCAAUCACGACAUUCAAAGGGCCUGCGAUGGAGCGCUUGACUUUGUCUCAUCAGUGCUGGAUCUUUGUGAAGGGAAACGUCACAAGCCUUUUGGGUAAACGAAACAGCCUUUUUUUGAAUUUCUGAGAACAAACGCGACGGUCUAUGCACUACGUUAGUGCUAAUCCAGUUUUGAUUUUCCUUUCCAAAUGACUUUUCUAGUGUUCUAAUUGUAAUGCAAGUUUUUGCUGUCAGACUGUGUUUUGUUGAUGAUGCCAUAUGUUGUGUAUAUGUGGAAACCAAAAGCGGGCUUGCCUUGAGUUUUACAAAACAACGAUGCAGUAAUAUUUCCUCCCUAACGCUCAGAAAACACUCGGCCACAGAGGACAAACUGAAGCAACGACCUCAGAGCGGUGCAAUUUCCACUUUUAAAGUAACGGCAGACUAAAAUCACAGAAAACGACACACACACACAGACCUUUAAUGCAAAUUAAAUACCAGCAUGAUAAGAAUCAUACCUCAUACACACACACACAAGUUCAAUAAAUGCAAAACAACAACAACAACAACAAAAGCACUGAUCACCA